AUGGAUUUUAUUAAAACCUUAUGCAAAUCUUCCCGCGAUCUGCGCAAACCUCCAGUAGACUCAUCAACCUCCCGUCGAGUCGUAUACACUUGCGACUCUGAAAAACAGCCUAGCUCUACAAGCAAGCAUUCACUCGUCUCUAUCGUCGCUUCAAACGCUUCCAGUACAACCUCCGAUCAAGUUGUAACUACUACUGUAUCCAAGUCUGAAGCCAGUGGCAAUUCCAACAGAACUGGUGACCGUAUUUCCGGUUUGGUAGGGACUAGCAUUAUGGCCAGCAAGAUUGUCUCAUCUACCGUUUCAACCUCUUCUUUAACCUUGAGACCACAAGGCAAACGACGACGGUCCAGUAAAGAUGCAGAGUCCUCAGCAGCAAAUGAGAUCUCAAGCCAUGUUAGUGGGAAGCCUGUUUUGAUCAAUGAUCCCGAUAAGGAGCGAAUACUUAAAUAUCAAGUGUGUUUUUUACAACAACACUUCUUAAAAUUCCCCUAA